AUGGGUCACAAACAGCUCAGAAGCAGCACUGCUGAGCUCAGUGCUGCCCAGCACCUCAGUGGGCACCUCCUGUCCUUGUGUUGGACCCCCUCCCAUGUCCUGGUGAGCACCCCCUCGGGGUCCAUGUGCCCGCCCGAGGCCCAGGCAGAGGUGGGCCCCACCAUGACCGAGAAGGCCAAGAUGGUGUGUGCCCCCAGCCCAGUGCCUGCCCCGCCCCCAAAGCCUGCCUCGCCUGGGCCCCCAAAGGCGGAGGAGGUGGGCCACAGAGGCUCCUCGCCACCCAGGCUGCCCCCUGGCGUGCCAGUGAUCAGCCUGGGCCACACCAGGCCCCCAGGGGCAGCCAUGGCCACCACGGAACUAAGCACCCUCCGUCCCCCGCUGCUGCAACUCUCCACCCUGGGAACCGCCCCAGCGCCCCUGGCCCUGCAUUACCACCCUCACCCCUUCCUCAACAGCCUCUACAUUGGGCCGGCAGGACCUUUCAGCAUCUUCCCUAGCAGCCGGCUGAAGCGGAGACCAAGCCAUUGUGAGCUGGAGCUGGCUGAGGGGCAUCAGCCCCAGAAGGUGGCCCGGCGCGUGUUCACCAACAGUCGGGAGCGCUGGCGGCAGCAGAACGUGAACGGCGCUUUCGCCGAGCUCAGGAAACUGCUGCCAACGCACCCGCCCGACCGGAAGCUGAGCAAGAACGAGGUGCUCCGCCUGGCCAUGAAAUACAUUGGCUUCCUGGUGCGGCUGCUGCGCGACCAGGCAGCGGCUCUGGCCGCAGGCUCCGCCCCUCCAGGGCCCCGCAAAAGGCCGGCGCACCGAGCCCUGGACGACGGCGCCCGCCGCGGGCCUUGUCGCAGGGCCGAGGUGGUGGCGCGCCCGCAGCCCGCGCCCCCAGGCGGCCCCGAGGGCAGCCCCGGUGGGGCGGGCCGACCCAUCAAGACAGAAAAAGCGGCUGUGAGUCCGGAGGUGCGAUGA